AAAUUCUUCUUCUUCUUCUUCUCUUUUCUUCGUCGUGGUCGCCCUUCUCAGCUGACUCUCCUGCUCUGAAAUCCAUCCGUAGAAAUCGAUUUGAAUUAUGAUUCAGUUACUUUUCACUUUGAUUUUUGCUGAAAUGGCAUUAAUCAUCAUCUUCGUCUUCAAGACGCCAUUAAGGAAACUUGUUAUAAUGGGGCUUGAUCGGGUGAAGAGAGGACGAGGCCCAAUCAUUGUGAAAACUGUUGCUGGAACUGUCUUCGUGGUUAUGAUGUCUACCAUCUACAGUGUUGCAUCGAUCCACACAAGGUGGGUUGAUGAAGGUGGUGAUAUUACUCCAACUGAUCAGAUUCUUUUGGCUCAACAUCUUCUAGAAGCUUCUCUUAUGGGAUUCUCCCUCUUCCUCGCCUUUAUGAUUGAUAAACUACAUCAUUAUAUAAGAGAACUUAGUAUAAGGAGGAAGACCAUGGAAGCUGUGAAAAAGCAAAACAGAGCCUUUGAGGAUGGAAAGAGUGGAGUUUCAGAGGAGAUCAAAACUUUGGAGGGAGAGGCAAGUGCAUUGCGUGAAAAAAUUAGGCAGCUGGAGUUAGAACUGGAGGAGAAGGCCAAAGAAGCAAGCAGUGCUGAAGCCAAUGCAGGUGCUCUAAAAAAGCAGUCAGAGGGAUUUCUUCUUGAAUAUGACCGCUUACUUGAGGAAAACCAAAAUCUUCGUUCUCAAUUGCAAUCACUGGAUCGUACAUUGUCACGUUCUGAUAGCAAGAAGGUUUCAUAAAGAACCAUGUCCCAGCCGUGUGAAAAGACCUGCAAUUUAUAUGAUGAUUUUGUCGUAACGUCCCUGCUCAAAAGCUGGAUGACAAGCUCUGAGAGUGUUUUUUCAUUUUUCUCUAUCAUAGUCUUCAUGUCGUAAAGAAUUCUGCGAUGCAAAAGGGGUUUAAACAUUAUGAAUACUAGAAUUUUCUUCUUUCAACAUAUAGUAUAGUAUACUCUAUCAUCAGGAAAUGUGAUCCGUCGUUGCCAACUUCGUCCACUAAGACGGCUUUCCAGAAAGUAGGCGUAAAUUUGGUGAUGACAUUUCUGUAGCUUUGUUAAAGGGUUCCUUUAAAUGCACUUUUGCCCAUUCUUGUUGAA